UCGACGUAGCGGCAUUGUUCCCUAGCGUUCCAGUGAAAGAUGCUCUGAAUCUUCUAGAGGAUUGGCUGCUAACACAAAGGACGGAAACAACAUGGCGAGGAAAGGUGAAGAUGUACCUAAAUCUGGCAAGGCUAUGCAUGACGGAGAACUACUUCACAUUUCGUGGCAACUACUACAAACAGACGAAAGGAGCACCGAUGGGAAAUCCGCUAUCACCGUUUUUGUGCGAACUGUUCAUGGCGAAUCUGGAGAACAACCUACAAGAACAAGGAAUACUACCCCAGAAGUGGUGGAGAUACGUCGACGACAUUUUCAGCAUCAUCAACCGAAAGGAUCUACCCAGGAUUUUGGAAGCGAUAAACAACGUGCAUAAGGACAUCAAAUUUACCUUCGAAGAGGAAAAAGAAGGAUGCAGACGAUACCCCUGAGCGAAGAAGGAAAAACGAAGGAACUACAAUACAUCUUGGAAACAGCGAAGAUCAACGGAUACCAGGAGAGGACUAUACGAGCGAUCAUCAACAAGAAGGAAAGGACCCUACGACGAAAUGGACAUACAACGCUGACACCGAUAGAGGAGCCGCUGAAAAGAGUUUCGGUCCCAUAUGAUAAACACAUCACCAACCAGCUACGCCCUCGACUAAGGAAAUUCGGCAUCGAUCUAGUAUUCUCCAGUAGAAGCAACCAACUCAAGUCUCUAUUGGGUUCAACGAAGGAUAAAGUAGAAAUGUUGAAUAAGGCAGGCGUUUAUAAGAUAAGUUGUUCCCAAUGUGAAAAAAUCUAUGUAGGCCAAACAAAAAGAUCAUUAGAUAUAAGGUUCAAGGAACAUAUGGCGGAAGUGAGUAAGGCGAAAAGAGAAAACGAUAAGGGAUUACAUUACGAAUUUAGAUCUAAGGUAGCAGAGCAUGUGUAUAAGGUAAAUCACCCAAUUACGGCAUCAAAUAUUAAAAUCUUAAGAAAUGUCUCUUCCCCAUGGAAACUCGAUGUAGCUGAGAGUUUGGAAAUCCACCGACAGGUACAAACAGCGCUGUUGAAUAAGGAUCAGGGAAAUGGCAGCUCUUGGCUCUUCAAGUUUCUACCUAAACAAUAAAUUAAUUUACUGUAUAGGUAAAUAAAGUAGGCAAAUAAGAUUAGAUUAGGUACCUAGCGUAGUAUAAAUAGUGUAAGUUGCGAUUGUUUUCUUCAAGUCGAGUCAAGUACAAGACACUGAAGACGACCACACAGUUGUGGUCGAAAUACGUAUCUGCAAAGAUAACGAAAAUUAACUGGUGGAAUUAAAUGGACAGUACUUAAUUCGU